AUGAGUACCAUCGAAACGCGAAGCAAGAAGUCACAACCGAAGGAAAAUGAAGUCGGAAGCGACGAAUCGGGAGAUUCGUCUAGAACAGGCGAAACGUCAGGUACAGAGCGAACCACCUGUACAGAACAAACAACUAGCACCAAUCAAACUACGACCACAACAGACUCAAGCAGUACAGCGAAAAACACACCACAAGACGUGCAUAGAAAAGCGACGGGAUCACGGACAUCGCAGAGCAAACGUGCAGAACUAGAAGCCCGUUUAGAACUCCAGCACAGAGAAAAAGAACAGGCGGACGCCGCAGCUGCACUCGCUCGUACUAAAUUGGAGCUAUUGCAACUAGCAGAGAACUCCGACCAAGAACCGGACGCUGAAAACGACCUAGUCAACGAUUGGAUAGACAAAACUCCGCCGCCACAAGAUACCGAAUUUAACCGCAGUAUGAACAUCCUAUCAAACCUAGUAGCAAAGGCAGUUCAACAAACCAACAGUAGUCACGAACACAGAACGGAUACCGCACCAAAGAAACCACCAAUAUAUAUUAACGAUCUGUACCUAUUUGACGGAGAUCCCAUCAACUGGAUACCAUUCAUCAGCCACUACAAGGACACGGCAUCAUUUUUUAGCGACAUCGAAAACACCGCUCGCAUCAGGAAGUCCCUCAAAGGACUUGCAAGACAAACAGUAAAAUCUCUUCUAUACACCAGCACGAACCCAGAAAUAAUAUUAACAGAAUUAGAAAGAAGAUUCGGACAACCUUCAUAUAUAAUAAAAAGCGAAAUCGCAGAACUCGACAAAUUGCCCAAAAUGACUGAAGACAUUAAGGGCAUAGGCACAUUUGCUAGCGCAGUAUUUAACAGCGUAAAUACAAUAAAACAAUUAGACCGAAAGGAAUAUCUUUACUCUACCGAUAUAUCGGAUAGAAUCGUGGGAAAAAUGAGCACCAUAGUAAGAUUUCGAUGGCAAGAAUACAAAUGCCACCGGACAAAGGAACCCAUACUCAGUGUGCUGUCUGAGUUUUUAAAUAUGAUAUCGGAUCAAUUUGAUGAGCCCGGUUUACGUCUCGAACAGAAGGUUAAAAUAGAAAAUAACAAAUCACGACCAAUAAGAAGAGCCAGAGUUAAUACGGCAAAUCACGAAUCAACCUACGAAAGUGACGAAGAUUCAAACUACGACAGCGAGUUCGAAGAAGAAAUGAGAAUCGUCCUUACCGCCUCGGCAAUAGAAGAAGAAAGAUGUCCCCUAUGCGAACAAUCACACGAUAUUAUCAAAUGCGACAAAUUCACAAAGGAACCCACCAAAGAACGUUGGGAAAUAGUCAAAAGACUAAAGAUGUGUUUCAAAUGUCUCAAAACGAAUCACAGACACUUUCAAUGCAAAACUCAACCUUGUGGCAAGGAUGGUUGCAUCAGAAAGCAUCAUGAGCUACUGCAUCAAGAAAGAUUAAAACCAGACUCUAAUAAGAUAGUUUCAGUAAAUCACAUAGGCACUUCAAAAGCCUACUUAAAAAUAGUACCUGUAGAGCUGUGCGGACCAAAUGGCACUGAGACCGUCAUGGCCUUACUAGAUGAGGGGUCAACAGUCACUCUGCUGGUAGACAAAGUCGCCCACCACAUAGGAGCCUCCGGACCUGCAAAGAGCCUAGUUAUCGAAGGCAUAAGCGGUCAUCAAAUGAAAACGGAAGAAUCAAGACAUAUUAAAAUUCGUAUCAAAGGUUUAUUCUCAAGGACAUAUGAAGAUCUUCAGGCACAUACAAUCGGACAACUCAACCUUAUAGCACAAUCCGUAAAGAAAGAAGACAUAGAAGAUUGCCCCCAUCUUAAAGAUAUAGAAGAUCAGCUGAUAUACGAUGGAACGCCACCAUCACUGUUAAUAGGCCAAGACAACUGGCACUUAAUAGUGACAAGAGACUUGAAGACUGGUAGCGCAUCAAAGCCCGUGGCAUCCCUAACCAGCCUAGGAUGGAUACUUCACGGCUUGAAGACUGAAACCUCAAAACCCGUCCUCUUCAUAAAUCACAUUCAUGAAAAAGAAACUGAAGACAUAGAUAAACUAAUUAAAAACCAUUUCAGUCUCGACUCGUUGGGAAUAACAGAAAGAAAACCACUAAAAGAUCCCGAACAACGAGCCAUGGCAAUUUUAGAAAAAACAACUCAUAGAUUGCCCGAAGGAAGAUUCGAAUGCGGAUUACUAUGGAAAUCCGACGAUGAAACUGUGCCACAAAAUAGAAACAGUGCCUUACGCCGCCUACAAGGCAUAGAAAGAAAACUAAAUAAAAAUGAAGACUUCAAAUUAAAAUAUACUCACCAAAUACAAAAUCUAAUAUCCAAUGGAUAUGCCGAACUAGCCACCACAAAACCCACCUCGCCAAGAACCUGGUACCUGCCACAUUUCGCAGUAAUACAUCCACAAAAGGAAAAAUUAAGAGUCGUGUUCGACGCCGCCGAACGCACAAAUGGCAAAAGUCUAAACGAUGCCUUACUAUCCGGUCCUGAUUUACUACAAUCCCUCUUCGGCGUGCUGAUAAGGUUCCGCCAAGGCCCGGUAGCCGUCGCAGCCGACAUCAAGGAAAUGUUUCUCAGAAUCGUAAUACGAGAAGAAGACAGAGACAGCUUACGAUUCCUCUGGAAAGAGAACGAAACAGACGCAGAACCUAAAGAAUACAGAAUGAAGUCGCUAAUAUUCGGAGCAACGUCAUCACCCUGUUCAGCUAUAUACGUUAAGAAUCGAAAUGCUCAAGACUUCCAAGAAAAAUAUCCCGAGGCUGUGAAUGCCAUUCAACGUUGUCAUUAUAUGGACGACUAUUUACAAAGCUUCCCAACAGUCGAAGAAGCAAAAAGAACAAGUAAAGAAGUGGACCUCAUACACAAAAGUGGAGGUUUCGAACUAAGAGGAUGGACAUCGAAUUAUCCAUCCACUAUUAACACAAUGGAAAUCAACCAUCCCGACCACAUUAAUUUGGGAGACCACGAUAAAUAUGGGAAGACAUUGGGCAUGAUAUGGCAAACCAACAACGACGCAUUACGAUUUACUGUCAGCCUUCGCAACACGCCCGAUGACGUCACUAAAGAAACGAGACCACCAACUAAACGCGAAGUCGCAAGCGCUGUCAUGUCAGUAUUCGACCCGCUAGGUUUAGCCACUCCAGUUUUAAUACAAGGAAAAACACUUAUACAGCAACUAUGGCGCACCGGAAUAAAUUGGGACGACCACAUACCCGACACGCUUAGAGACCAUUGGUCAAAAUGGCUCAACAACCUAGCAUGUCUAAAGGAUCUAAACGUUCCACGAUGUACAGAUUCCUGUAACGAGGGGGAACUACAUACCUUCGUAGACGCCAGCGAAACCAUCUAUGCCGCUGCAACAUACUGGAAAACUACUAUGAACAACCAGGUCAGCAUAAAACUAAUAGCAGCAAAAGCCAAGGUGGCCCCACUCAAACCUACCUCUAUACCACGAUUAGAAUUACAAGCCGCAGUGCUUGGCUGCCGUCUAGCAAACAGCAUUCACCAAGAAAUGGACACCAAUAUUAAGAAGAAGUAUUACUGGUCAGACUCUCGAACGGUAUUAGCAUGGAUCAAAUCCGACCCACGCACGUUCAAAACCUUCGUCGCACACAGACUAGCUGAAAUAGAAGAACUCUCAAAAACAUCAGAAUGGAGAUACGUACCCACUAAACAAAACGUAGCUGACGACGCAACUAGAUCGGCACCCCGAAAUUUCGACAGCAACCAUCGAUGGUUCAACGGUCCAGAAUUCCUAAAACUUGACUGCAACGAAUGGCCUCAAGAUCACAGUGAUCGCUCACUACAAGUUACGGGCGAAGAAAAAACACAGACAGUAGCCACGGCGCGUCUCGUUCAACCACCUAUACCAGACGUCAGUCGUUUCUCAUCAUGGACACGUUACCUACGAGCCUCAGCACGCUUCAUACAAAGCGUCGAAGUUUUUAAAACAUUAAUAAAUAAACCCGACAAAGUCACCGCCACUAAACGAAUCGUCAAGGAUAAAGCCUGGAAACCGUAUAAAAAACAGAUGACUCAACAAACACCCACGAAUCAAGAACCAACUAUAAAAACCGUGAACAAACUAAUACCAUUAUCAAGAAAAUACAUCAAGCAAGCUGAAACAAUGUUGAUACAACGAAUUCAAAAUGACAGUUUUAAGAAUGAAAUUCAAAACCUUAAAGAUCACAAGAAGUUCGCCAAAGGAUCCCGCCUAAGAAGACUCACCGCCGUUAUAGAAGAUGAUAUAAUGCAUCUCGAAACUCGCCUAUCCGCUGCCAACAACAUAGCGAUUUCCUACAAAAAACCCAUAAUACUCGAUGGAAAACACCCGAUUACACGACUAAUCGUGAACCAUUACCAUCAAGAAUACAAUCACGGUAAUCACAACACGAUUAUGAACGAGAUUCGACAGAAAUACUAUGUGAUAUCUCUUCGAAACACCGUCAAAAGUAUAGCAAGAGAAUGCCAAUGGUGUAGAAUACACAAAGCCGUUCCUAUCACAACACCUUUGGGAGACUUACCGGUGGAACGCCUGCAACACAAACAAUACCCGUUCACCUGCACUGCUGUAGAUUAUUUCGGACCAAUAACCAUAAAAAUUGGCAGAAAAACAGAUAAACGCUGGGUGGCUUUAUAUACAUGCCUCACAACGCGAGCAGUUCAUCUGGAGAUUGCUACAUCCUUGUCAGCAGAUAACAUGAUACUCACACUGCGAAGAAUGAUAGCACGUCGAGGGACACCUAAAACGAUGUUUAACGACAAUGGAACAAAUUUCAUCGGAGCAAAUAAAGAAAUCAAGACAGCGUUUGAAAAAAUGAUAGAUAAAUCCAAAGAAAAAGGAAUUCAAUGGAAAUUCAUACCUCCAGGAGCUCCACACAUGGGAGGAGCAUGGGAGAGACUAGUGCGAUCAGUUAAAACCGCACUAACCGCAACCCUUAAUACACGACAUCCUCAAGAAGAAAUAUUACAUACAUUACUUCUAGAAGCAGAACACCUCAUAAAUUCAAGACCUAUAACAGAGGUAUCCCUAGAUCCAGAUGACCAAGAAGGUUUAACUCCAAACCACUUUCUGAUUGGAAGAUCAAGCGGGCACCUUCGCAUGGGAGAUUUCACGGACGACGAACUCAUCGGCCCCCCAACAUGGAAAACAUUACAACGCCUCACCGAUCACUUCUGGAAACGCUGGCUCAAUGAAUAUCUACCCACGAUAACACCGCGAUACAACAACAAUCAAAAUGGAUUCAUUAACCCAACCAUCGGCGACAUUGUAAUAAUAAUCGAUAAUUCUCUUCCCCGAGGCACCUGGCCAAGAGGUGAAAUCAUCAAAACCUACCCCGGACCAGACGGAAAAACACGUAUAGUAGACGUGCGCACUACCGCCGGAAUACUAAAGCGACCGGUUUCCCGCCUAGUGAAAAUCGCGCAAUCUUCUUCCUCAACAUGA